UUUUAUUAUUUCAAUAAUUUCUAUUCAGAAAAUGAAUAUAUUUAGAUAAGUGCCGAGACAAACAUAUUAAGAACACUUAUAGGUUUUUGGAGCAUCUAGUUAUGGCCGCCCAUAAAUUAAUAAUGGAAACAAGAUUUUGUUACCAGCAUCAGCACUUUAAUAAUUGAUUUUUAUUAAACAAAAUGGUCCUAUGAUUUUUAAAAUAUCAUCAACACAUACUUAAAGAGUUACAUAUGUUGGAGUAUUAGAAUUUGUUGCAGAAGAAGGUACUUGUAUAAUUCCAGAUUGGUUAUUUGAAAAUAUGAACUUUUUUCCUGAAUGUUAUAUUAUUGUCAGCCUUGAAAAAAACUUACCACUUGUAUAAAAAUUGAUUGAUUUAUAAAAAGGGAAAAUUAAUUAAGAUUUAACCUCAUGAAACUGCUUUUGUUGAUCUUCCUGAUCCUAGAGCCAUUUUAGAAAACUAAUUAAGAAAUUACAUUUGUCUUACUUAAGGUGAAACAAUCACUAUAACAUUUAAUAAGAUUAAAUAUAUGAUUGAUAUAGUUGAAGUUAUGCCUAAAACAGAUAAACUUGCAGUCUGUAUCAAUGAAGCAGAUGUUGAAAUUGAUUUUUUAUAACCAUUAGUACUUAUAUUUUAGAAAUAUAGGAUUAUACUGAAGCACCUUCUUAAAAACUAAUUAAAAACAAUUCAACUUUGGGUAUGGAAUAAGAAUAAAAAUAAUAAGAAUAAGCUGUUUUUAUUGGAAAAGGAGUUAGAUUAGAUGGUAAAACUUAACUAGCUCAACCUAGAAAAUAAUCAGAAGAUGUUAAAGUUGUUUCUGAAGCAUAUAAUCCUAGAAAAAAUAAAUUAGUUAAUGGAAUUAGAUAAAAUGAAGAUGUUUAAAUAUUUAUGGGUACUUCCACUAAAGUUGGUGCAUAAAAAAAAUAACUUUGAGCUGUU